UCAAACCACGCAUGCUCGGCAUCACUAGGAUCGGGAAAGUCGCGGAGAUAUGGCAAAAAGCCGUGAUCAAGAUUGGUCGAAAGGCGGCUCAUUUAUGAAGAAACCGAAGGACGGUUGGCUCCAUGCCGACCAUGUCUUAACGGAUGGCGGUGGCGUUUGCUACAUGGUCCGAUACGUCGGAUGUGUUGCAGUCCUUCGUUCUAUGCGUACCCUUCAGUUUGACGUACGUACUCAAGUCACAAGAGAGGCCGUUCUGCGUGUCAUGGAGGCAGCAGGGUUGAAACAAGCAGACAAGAAACGGAAGGUGGCUAAGAAUGUGAAUAAGGCAUUGGGAGCACAGCCUGUAGUGGAUCAGACUGGAAUGAAUAUGAAUUUAACGAUUUCAGUAGAUGGGCUGGAGCUGAGCACUGUUGAGACUGGAGAGAUCUUUGCUCAUCACUCUAUGCCAUCGAUCUCAUUUGCGUCAUCUGGAGAAGGAGUAACUCAAGGGUUUCUUGCAUAUGUUGCAAAGGAUCCUAUAUACGACAGAGCUUGUCAUGUGUUUGACUGUCAAGACAUAGCCCAAGAGGUUAUCAGCUCUGUAGGACAAGCAUUCGAGCUCAGAUACAAAGCAUUUCUUACUCAGCAACCACCACAACCGAUGCAUCCUGUUCCAAGGUUUGGUGAAAUUGGACAAGAGUCGUUUGAUAAUGACGCUUGGGGAACAGAGGAUUGUGGAUAUAGUGAGGCUGUAGCGAGAGAGAAAGCACGUGGAAGGAAAGCGAAUGAUGCUCUUCCAUCGGCACCUCAUUUCAGAGGCCGAGCAAGUGACGGUUUAUAUGACGAUUUACCAGAGGGUCCAUAUGACAACAAUGCUCUUGCGGGGGGACGUCGUUCAGAGAUGACAUAUGAUAAUCCAAUGGGUGCACGAGGCAAACGUUCUGCUAUGGCUGAAACCCAAGGUGGAGUGUAUGAUAAUCCUAAUGCACUAGGACAAGCUCACCAAGGAUCAUUGUAUGACAACCCAGAGCGCUUACAUCAUCAGCCUGCUCAACAGAGUGUAAAACAGCACCAAGGUCACUCAAUUGAAGCUACGCAGCCUUUAGUUCACAACUUGGAAGUAUCACACGACAAACCAAGCGCAGCUGCUGCCUUUCUCUAUGAUAAUCCACAAGCGUUACAGUCGGCUCAAGAUUCACACGAUGGUGCAGAUCUCAUCUAUGACAAUCGAGAUGGUGAAGGAAAAGCAAAGGACAGAGAUUUAUUGUAUGACAAUAAAGACGGGGCUGGGGUUGAUGUUGCAUUUAAAGGAAAGAAUAGUCAACUGCCGCAUGCUCCAUUGUUUGAUAAUGAUGAUUACAGUGGCCCCGCAUUUGUACAUAAUGCACCAAGAAAGCAGACAUUUGACAUGAGUGCUGUUAGCAAAUCCCUGGCAAGAGAGCCAUCUUCUGGUUCAUUGGAGACAGAGCACUGGUUUCAUGGUCAAAUUUCAAGAGUGCAGGCAGAAGGGUUGCUAGAGGAAGAUGGUGAAUUUCUUGUGCGGGAAAGCACAUCGCAGGCCGGUCAGUUUGUACUUACCGGUAUGCAGGGUGGAAAACCAAGGCAUAUUCUAUUGGUAGAUCCCGAAGGAGUGGUGAGGACUAAAGAUCGUACAUUUGAAAGUGUGCAGCAUCUGAUCAAGUUUCACAAAGAAAACUCAGUUCCAAUUGUAUCGAAUGACAGCUCUCUUGUGCUAAAUCGAGCAGUAAUUUGCAUUGCGUUUUGAGGGAGACAAGUAGGCGGAUGUAAUGAAGUCAUUGUAGAUAUGGUGGGGUCAGAUCUAGAUGCAUUUGUGUGAAGAAUUAUGUUUUUUAGUUAAGCGAUUGCAAGAAAUGUAUGAAUUUAAUAGCACUACGUGUAUGUCAGACCUUUUUAACUUAAGUGUUAUGAGUUACAAACAUUUCCAUGUGA